GAGAGAGAGAGAGAGAGAGAGAGAGAGAGAAAGAGAGGGAAAAAGAGAGAGAUCAACGAAGUAUUUUUUCUGUAUAUUCAAGACAAGAAUCAAGAUGAAGAGGCUCCUAAGGAGCAUAGUCUGUCUAACAAUUCUAGCAGUAAGCUUUUCAACGGGUAUUGUCGACAAACAGUUGUUACCAGAAUUAUCAUUCACUCUCAAUGGACACAGUCUUGAGUGGCCUUGUCAAAGUACGAAAAAUAUCUACGAGACAAGUGGUCGUUACGUGGCUAGAAAUGUAAUAUCAACAAGGAUGCAAAUUUACAAGGACGAUGCGAUCCUAGCUCUACCACGUUACAAACCUGGUGUACCAUUCACCUUAGGAGCCGUAUCUUUGAGAAGUAAAACCUGCUCACCAAUGAUUUUGCCGUUUCCUUGUUGGGCGAUACAAGAAGAAGGUAAUUGUGAAGCUCUGCAAAGUGCCAUUGACAUUGUACUCGACAUUCAAGAUAUUCUUUGGGUUCUUGAUACUGGUAUCGUUAACACGAUGACUCAACCGGUUAGAAGAUGUCCUGCUAAAGUAGUUGGAAUUAAUGUUAAAACUGGCAAGGUGGUUAAAAUUAUUGACUUAAGUCAAUUAGUACUUCCAUUAUCUCAUCUUCAAUAUAUGCUCGUUGACUAUGCGGAAGAUGGCCAAGUUUACAUAUAUAUUUCUGAUGCAAUAAACAGAGCUAUCAUCAUUUAUAACGUCACAGCAGAUCGUGGAAACAGAGUGAUUCUACCAAAUACUGUGUCUGCCGGUUUAGAUAAGCCCGACGUGUUGUACAUGACACUUGUUCGAAAAUCUGACGGUACAUCCGUCGUAUAUUUCACGUACUUAGGAUCUAGCAGACUUUUCGGUAUUAGAGCUGCUAAUUUGAGAAGUGGUGAUCUAAAUGGAUCAAUCGAAGAAGUUGGUUUAAAACAUCAGAAAAUUGUUCUACUUGGUAGUGACAAUGGACCGGCCAUUUUCUUCCGGAACAAAGGUGAAUCCGAUAUUUAUAUGUGGAAUACUGAAACACCGUUCAUACAAGAGAACUUCCUUUUAGUACAAAAAGAAGGUGAUUGUCGAUUAUCGACACAAGUUGUACCGGGUUACAAAAAACUUAUGUGGACCAUCGAAAGUAACUUCCAGGAUUAUAUAUUGAACACAGUGAGCUGUUCAGGUGCGACAGUUUCUAUUCAUCCUUUAAUGAACUCCUGCGAUGAAUAAAUAUAUUGACCGGACAAUAAAAUGAACUACAAUGGAAUAUACGAUUCUCGAUCAAAUAAAUCGUAGUUUCAACACAACGAACAUCGUUUGCUUUCGAAGAAAAGCUAAUCGUCAUCAGUUUUCCUGCUUAGGAGAAAAAUGAUAAUUUAUGUACAAAUAAAAUGAUUAUGUGCCAUAUAA